GUUUUACGCAGGCGGUGGCGACGGCGGCGUCGAGGAGACGGAGCCGACGGCGCCGGGGGUGGGGGCGGCCGUUUUUUCUCCUUCUGGGUCUGGGCGGGUCUGGAUCCUCCCUGGCGGGCUUUGGGCCGUGCCUUGGCCUGCGAGGUUCGAAACCUCACCCCUUCAGGUCCGAAUCCGGACUCCUCCCCCAGGGCCGCCCAUCUGACCUUCUCUUCCCUAACAUUUGGAAUCUGAUCCCUUCUCCCUGGUUCUGCUGAUCUGGCCCCUAGGAACUCAGUGAGACCCUAAGACAAUGGGCUGACUCCUGCCCCUUUACGGGGAUCUGUGCCACGUUUCCUUCGGCAACCGGGACAACUUCUCUCCUGGAGCUGCAAAUUAAGCUCCUUCCCCACCCUGCUUCACCCCUGCCCCUCCAGUACCCCGGUGAGCGCUCCCCACGCCCUCUAGCUGCGGGUCCCCGGCCUGGGAAAAGAUGGCCCCGGCUCUGCUGUGGGGCCUGAGCCUCUUCCUCAGCCUCUUAGACCCUGCCUGGCUCCAGCCCUCUCCCCCUCCCCACCCUCCUCCCUCUGAGCCCCAUCCAUGUCACACCUGCCGGGCACUGGUGGACAGCUUCAAUAAGGGCCUGGAGAGAACUAUCCGGGACAAUUUCGGAGGUGGAAACACUGCCUGGGAGGAAGAGAAGUUGUCCAAAUACAGAGACAGUGAGACCCGCCUGGUAGAGGUGCUGGAGGGCGUGUGCAGCAAGUCAGACUUCGAGUGCCACCGCCUGCUGGAGCUGAGUGAGGAGCUGGUGGAGAGCUGGUGGUUUCACAAGCAGCAAGAAGCCCCGGACCUCUUCCACUGGCUCUGCUCUGAUUCCCUGAAGCUCUGCUGCCCCUCUGGCACUUUUGGGCCCUCAUGCCUUCCCUGUCCUGGGGGCACAGAGAAGCCCUGUGGUGGCUACGGGCAUUGUGAAGGAGAAGGAACACGAGGGGGCAGUGGGCACUGUGAAUGCCAAGCUGGCUACGGGGGUGAGGCCUGUAGCCAGUGUGGCCUCGGCUACUUUGAGGCAGAGCGCAAUGCCAGCCAUCUGGUAUGUUCAGCAUGUUUUGGCCCCUGUGCCCGCUGCUCGGGACCUGAGGAGUCCAACUGUUUGCAAUGCAAGAAGGGCUGGGCCCUGCAUCACCUCAAGUGUGUAGACAUUGAUGAAUGUGGCACUGAGCGAGCCAACUGUGGAGCUGAUGAGUUCUGCGUGAACACAGAAGGCUCCUAUGAGUGCCGAGACUGUGCCAAGGCCUGCCUGGGCUGCAUGGGGGCAGGGCCAGGCCGAUGCAAGAAGUGCAGCCCUGGCUACCAGCAGGUGGGCUCCAAGUGUCUUGAUGUGGAUGAGUGUGAGACUACAGUGUGUCCAGGAGAGAAUGAGCAGUGUGAGAACACCGAGGGUGCCUACCGCUGUGUCUGUGCUGAAGGCUACAAACAGGUGGAGAGCAUCUGUGUGAAGGAGCAGGUCCCAGAGUCCGCGGGCUUCUUCUCAGAGAUGACAGAGGACGAGCUGGUGGUGCUGCAGCAGAUGUUUUUUGGUGUUAUCAUCUGUGCACUGGCCACGCUUGCUGCUAAGGGUGACUUGGUGUUCACCGCCAUCUUCAUUGGAGCUGUGGCAGCCAUGACUGGGUACUGGUUGUCAGAGCGCAGUGACCGUGUGCUGGAGGGCUUCAUCAAGGGCAGAUAAUCCCUGCUGCCACCUGCGGGACCUCCUUCCACCUAGGCUGCCCCUAGAGGUCAGGCCUGUCUCCUGCUGGACACUCAGGGCAGCUUGGUUUCUUUUUGAGUAGGGCAAGCACCCCCUACCUGCCUUACGUAGCAGCGGCACCCAGGCCUGGGCAGGUGUGGCCCCUUGGGUGAAAAAAUAACCCUGAAGCUGGAUGCCAUGAGAUCUCUGCCUGGAGGAGACUGGUCAGGUUUCACAAUGUGUGUGAAUUUUGAAAGUUUCUCCUUCAGGUUGCUGCUAGUGAACUUUGGUCCCUUCCCAGGAUAAGAGGGAUUCCCACAGGGGCAGGGCCACCAUAGCCCUCUCUGCCAGCUGCAUGCUGCCAGCUCUUCUGUAUUUACCCCAUCCCCCUCAGCCAUUGAUGUAUUUAUUCAUCUCAGGAAAUAAAGGAAGGUCUUAGAAACUGGA